CAAACGCGCCUGUUCAACUCAUGCUUGUUCCACGACUGUCAUCAUGAAAGGCCUUUGUCUUCUAAUUUGACUCGUGAACACUGCCUUCGUUUCCUUUAUAAAAGCUCUGCUUUAUUGUAUUUCAGGUCCUAAGCUUGACGCCACAUUCAACUAUACAUAUUUUGUUUAAUCGAACUCACGAAUCUUCUCCGGAUGACCAUUCUUGGGCCAGAACAUAUUGCCAAUUGUCUACUCUGCUGUGCAUAUCUACUUCCAGUACUCCGACGCAGAAGGCGCCUGAUAUGAACGAGAGUAGUAACGUGAAGGAGAAUAUACCAUUAAACAAGGAGCGAUAUAAGGCAAUCGAGGCAGAGCACGAUAAUAAGAAGUACCACACGUCGCAUCCUCACAAUAAUUUGAACCCUCCCAUCUUAUCCAUGGCCUCAUCAUCCACUACCUCCCCCGCAGAAGAAGCUGGAAAUACAAUUAUGUCCGCCCAUUAUCUUCUUUCUCCGCUAGAAACGCUGAACGAGUCGUUGAAUGACUCGCAUGAAGAGCGUAUCGGACUUCACGACCUCACCGAGACGUAUAACCUCCUUGCUACGAGGAUCAAAGAAAUUCUGCUUCAAAGUUCAGAACCGGAUCAAGCUGCUUCUCCUCUAACGUUACUCGCAGAACGCUCCCAUGUUCUGCUUAGUGCUCUCCGGCGAGAUGUAAAGCGAGUCUUGAUCAACCCCCGCACAACAUCCCCGAAGGAGAGAAGCCAGGGGAUGGACCUUGAUGAAGUACACUAUGCUCGCGAUUUGGCUCUCCUCGGUCAACAGGCAAUCCGCUUAACCUCGGAGUUGUUCGCUUUCCCACAGUUGAAUGCCACUAUGCAUGUGAAUCAACUUCGCCUCCUACUCAGUGACGUUCUAAUUAUCCUUUCGGAAACAUCGCUUCCGACGCCGCAUUCCAAGCGGACAUUUGCACUCUUGCGUUGGAUUCUUCAGGUCCAGAAGCUUCCGGUCAACGUUCUCUCUCCUCAUAAUUCGAAAAUCAUCGCAUGCGUGAAGCGUAGUCUAGAAGGAGAGAAAGAACAUGUCAAUGUCGAUGGUCUGAAGAUCCUUGCUGAGCUGCUUCGCAACUAUCCCAAACUCUUCUUAGGACCUGCUUGCAAUCUUUUCUCCGACGCUCUCCGAUUCCUCAUAUCUGAAUCUGAAAGCCUUCGCUCUGCAGCCGCACACACCACCAGUGCUUUUGCAUACGCCAAAGUACUCCAGGGCCUUCCUUAUUCUCGUACACAGCAAGUCUCUUACGAGCUUUCGCGCACUAUCCGCAAAUUUUCGAUCCGGUAUCUUGAAGAGGAAGAGGAUCCUUCCUUGCGUAAUUUGCUGCAGUCGUCGCUGAACAACUCUCACCUUUCGCCUCAUAGCGCUGGUCCACAAUGGGCUGCCGUCGUUAUAGCCUCUUUCAUAGUUCUCAUAGACACUCCUCUCUUCAAAAGUGCGACCCUGCCGCAAAUAAAGAGCCUCCUCUGGCAAAUUACCGAUCAUUCGAGUGCUACCGUUAGGCUUCUGCAUAUGCCAGUCUGGAAAUGCUUUGUUUGGGCAUUCGCACGGAUCCCCGUCGAUGAAGAAAAUUCCAAAAAGGUCCAAACCGUCAUUUCACAGGACCUCCGGAAUGGCACUGGGGCACUUCUUUUACAUGUGAUGCUGAACCUGAAAGGAAAGGACAUGAUGGCGAGGAUUCUAGAGGUGGUGGGAUGGAUGUUUGUUGACAAGCCAUCGAGGCUAGAUGGUGUGGUUGUACUGUGCCAAUUGCUCGGCUCUGCCAGGAUGCCUCGUUCUGGCACGAGUGUCAUCCCCAUCUUACACGAGCAACUGUUCAAUGGCGAAAUCUUAGGGGCCCACCUAGCUGACCUGAUGAAGCACACUGUGACCAUCUGCGACUCCACUGUCGUUCGCAAGAUUAUUCGCGAGCUCACUGUCCAAGAAACGAUGGAUCAUUGGGAUAAGCUGUACGAUCUGUGGAAACAUAGCUUCAAAGUAAUCUUACGACGUCCUCUACCAGACAUUCGGAAAUCGGUCAUCGCAGCAUUUGAAACUCUUCUUCGAGCUGAUUCCGAAUACUGUCAAAGGCAAAGUCAGGUCUCUCCUUCAUCAAAAGUUGCUCAUAUAGUGGGCAAUCUUUGUAAUGACUUUCCCCACACUACUUCGGACGUGAUCAUUGAAGUAGAACACAUCCGGGUCCUGCGUAUGCUAUGGCAUUCUGUCCAGCGGUUGUUCUCCCGGUCUCAGUUGUUGAAGGAGCCGGGGGAUAAGCUACUCACUGCUGUGGUGAAACGCGACUAUCAAAUCUCUAACAUGGUGAUUCAGGCCGAGUGGUUGAAGUUAUGUCGAGACAUUGUGUGCUCCGCUUCCGGUAGUGAAGAACUGGCUGGCGGCUCUAUUUUCGACUCGCGGACAUGGGUAGCCGUAGCACGCCUAUGGGCCGCUAUCGACGAUGUUUCUGCAGACAGCCUGGUCACAUUCCUGAAAUUCGUGUUUCCUGAACAACUCACCGCUGAUGAUGCACUUAGCCUCUGGGGGAGGCUUUUACACAAGGCACUGUUCGAGUUUAGGACCCGAGAUCGCGCAAAUGACUUAUGGAUAAUCUUUGCAGCAGACGACCAGACUCUGGCCCUCGUCUUUCCGCAGCAGUUCCAUACAUUGAUAUCGGCCUUUGUCAUCCCAUGGAACACAGAACAAGCGAAACCAGUGUUACCAUUCCUGGACAAUCUCUUAUGCUCCUUGUAUUCUUCCGAUUGUUCUCUCGUAAUAUCCAUUCAAUAUAUCGACACAAUCCGUGAAAUGCUUCUUUCUGUACACGAAAACCAGUUCGUAUCAUGCUUAUCUUCGUUGUGCUGUAGCCUCCGUUGCUGGAUAGAAGAUCAAUCUACUAUCGUACCGGACAAAGUGUAUUUCCAAAGCAUAUUCCCUUUGUAUGAAGACAUUCUUCAAAGGCUCCGUAAAGAAGAACCGAAUGAAAGGACUCUCGGCCUCUUGUGGAAACUCUUUUUAUCUCCCAUUGAGCGACCUGUCCCCUCAAAGGAAGCUGUGAAAGCCUUUGAGGUUUUCUGGUUUGCCACGUACCAUGGAAAGGAUAUCUUAUUUGAGCCGGAACUCAUUGGAUACUUGAAAGGCCUGGAUAUGGCCUUGGGUGUCGGUCUCGCUGCGGGGUUAACUCAAAGUGACGAUUCGCAACAAACAACUGGUUCGCUGGUACCCGAAACUCAGUCUUUGGAACCUGUUCCUCUAACGGGAUCGCAGAUACUUGAGAAAUGGUUCGAUACUUUCACUCAUGCUGACAAGGCCAACGACCCUAAGAUCGUUCCACCGUCAUCGUCACCAAUUCAUGAGCCUGAGAUUUCGCCGCCAGGAGGCGCUGCUGAAUCAAGCAAUCUCAUUCCGAUGCUAAUUGACGACGAAAUCCCCGAAAAUCAGUCAAACUCAGCUUCGCCUCGCGGGUUCAAGCGAAAACGGCGUCAGGAGGAUGAAGAGAUUGUAGAAGAGACUCCCGCACCGAUCUCCUCUGUUCGUAUAUCACAACGCGAAGGAGCAGUCCCUGACAUUGAUGAGCUCAAUAACGGCAGUCCGGAUCAGCGAACGAAAUUAGAAGAAAAAUCGAAGUUCAAAGACAAGGGUAAAGGCCGAGCUUUGUCUGCUUCCGAGAAGCAGCUGAAAACACCCACUAAGAGUGGCCAGAAGGCGAGCGAAACCCGAUCGUGGAUUCGAGAGAGCCAACUCAUGACACCCGAACCCUCCGCACCGCCCUCCAGUCAUCACGGACAUGCAGCCGCUGUAUCGGUCUCUCUGGACGAAGACGAAGGAGAUGAGGAUUACGGAAGUUGGGAGAACGCCGUAGUGUCACCUGAGACGUUCCUCCAUAUAUCUAGAGAGCUAGAUGUGGAUAUGGACGCCCCCGACACCAAUAUGGUGGAACGAGGUGAGCCAAUAACAGCCACCCGCCGCCAUUCGAACACUCUUCCUCAUCUUUCCUCUUCUUAGAUCGGUUCGGUGCAAACGAUCAUAAUGAUGAUGACGAUGCGAUUCUCCUCAACAGUCCCUCUAUUCGUGCUGCGAAACGACGCAAGCCCAGUCCUAAAACGACUGGGACUACCAACGCUUCCGAUAGAGCUCGGGGCAGAGACAGAACGAUCUCCGCAAAAGUCUUUCAGUUGCAACAAGCUCUCCAAGCAUUCAAGGACGACACGGAGACCCCGGUGGAGGACCUAAUUAAGGUCUCCGAGUUGGUACAAGAGUUCGGGUCCAAAGUAAAUCACAAGCUAUUGGCACGGACUCGGACGGAUCGCAACAAAUCUUGAAGAAUUCUAUACAUUGCCUAACAGAGCUUCAUCUGUCCACUUAUGAAGAAUAGAUACUAGCAUGCACUUAUUUAUUCAUAAUUAUUUACUUACGCGCAAUCUGUUGUAGUAUUACUAUGCUUGCAGGAAUCCAAACAUUCAAAUCUCA